UGUUGUAACACCUUUAUUGUAACACCUUUAAUUGAUUUGGAUCUACUAAACAGGCUACAGGUAAGGUGACCGACGAAUGUAUUUCCCUUAUUGACAUUAGUCAUAAAACGUACAGCACGUAAAGGGUUAAUCAAGGACGGGGCAAUCAACGCUGGCUGAUUGUUACACAUCUUAUUACCUGUCAAAAGGCAGGUGAGAAGGAAAUUCACUUCAGAUAAAAAAUUAGGAAGACCCAGUAUCUGUCUAUGCGCGUGGAUUGGCAUAAUAAAAACGUACUAAUAUGGUGACAGAAUUCCCUUGGAAUGAAGUCACUACUUCGUUUUUUGACGAUUGUCUCGUUUCAGCAAAUGUGUAAGCUCCAUUCCUCAGUAUCAACAGAAUCGCCCUGUGAUAUAUUACAAUGUGAACAUUCAAGUCCAUGCAUGAUUAUUAAUGAAGUAUCCAAGAAUGGAAGCUACAUAGCAAAGGCCAAAUGUGAGUGUAUAGGAAGUUACGCGGGACAACGAUGCGAAAGCAAGUUGUCAAUUUUGGAGUCCAAAAUAACGUCGUCGUCCAUUUCGUUUACAGUAAUAAUAAAUUCUUUGAAGCCAAUUCAAGAUUCUGUGCAAUACGUCACUGAUGACAUCACAAUUCAUUAUUGGCAAAAUUACAGCCAGAGUACGUGCAGUAUUCACCCUGGAAAAUUAGAAUCCGUUCAGAAAAUUCCGCACUUACUUCCAGGAACGUUCUACACUCUCUGUGUCUUAAGUGGUCAUGUAAAUUUCUGUAGUUUAAAAGAACAGCUCAAUUCAUCCUUAAGUUGUAAAAAUUUUCUAACUCCUGUCAGUGAUCUUGAGAAUAGCGGAUAUGAGCAAGAAUGGAUAAUUCCUGUGAUUAUAACAUGCAGUAUCAUGAUUUUUUUCUCCAGUUUAUGUCUGUGUUCUGUGAUAAAUUGUAGAAAGAGAGAUAAGGUAGAAAAUAAACACCAUAAGGAACAAAAACAUAACGAGGAACUGGAUUUCUUUUUACCCAAAGUCGGUAUUUGUGAAAAUGUGCCAAAUGUUUCUGAGAGAACCAUAGAAGUACCAAUUUUUCCUACUUCAGUGCCUAUUGUUCGUCCUCCCAAAAGUCCAGGACGACCUCCGUAUAAAAUAAGUCAGCAGAGUUUGGGAUAUUCUUCAUUUACGAUGAAAAAUAGUAAAUCGUUUCCCCUUAAUACAGUAUUAGAGUAUAGUGGUGAUGAAUGCCAAGAGGACGAGAUUAAUGUACUGAUAUCACAUAAUAAAGAACAAGUAUAAUUA